AUGGCGAGCCCAAGGAGACACACAGAUGACUGGGCUCUGCAACCUUUCUCCAAAAAGCCACCGAAGAGUCAACCACACAUAUUCUCUCCCUAUCUAUGGACCCCUCUCCUCUUCUUGCUCAUGGGGCAAGGAGCCUCUGAAAAGGACUCAGCCUCAACAGUGGUGAAAGGCAUUGUAGGGGGUUCAGUGAUUCUCUCCCUGAACAUUUCAGUGGAUGCAGAAAUUGAGCACAUCACCUGGAGUGGUCCCAAAGAAGCUUUUGCUUUAGCACUCUCAAGUGGAAAGAUUUUUUGGUUAGACAAAAGCUACCAAGGGCAAAUAAACAUCCCAGAAAGCAACUAUUUGUCUAUUAACAAUCUGACUCUGAAAGAUGCUGGUUCAUACAAAGCCCGGAUAAACCAAAAGGGAUCUAAAGACAUCGAUGAGAAAUUCAUCUUAUAUAUCUAUGAACAGCUGCAGGAGCCCCAAGUCACCAUACAGUCUGUGAACGUGUCUGAGAAUGCCUCCUGUACCAUCACCCUGGUAUGCUCUGUGGAGAGGGCAGGUGGAGAUAUUCAGUACAAAUGGACUUCGAGGGACCCUCAUGCUUCUGAAUCCUGGGGGCACCCUACUCUCACCAUUUCCUGGUUGCCCUGUGAUGCAGACCUACCAUACACCUGCACAGCCAAGAACCCGGUCAGCCAGAGCAGCUCCCACCCUGUCCAUGUCUCUCAGUUCUGUAUAGAUCUAGGAGCCUCCCAAGCAGGACCAAUGGGGGAGAUGGUGCUGGGGGUCCUGGGGGAGCCAAUCACCCUAUCCCUGGCACUCCUGGACAGUCAGCACAUAGACAAUGUUGUCUGGAUGUUUAACACAUCUAUUAUCAGCAAAGAGUGGAGAGAAGAAGCAACAGCCAAUCAGCUCAUUGAGUUCAAGGAUCCGGAUCAGAACACAGUGUGGGUCUCAAGCCAAGACUAAUCUCUAAAGAUUGUCCAGCUGAAGAUGGAGCACACUGGCGUCUACCAUGCCUGUGUGUGCUCAAAUGCCACAGUUGCCAGUGUGAAGCACAUCAAUCUGCACAUUUACCGACCUGAGAGAAGCACAGUUUGGGAUCGGGCUCUCCCUGGUGCUCUUUUCAUCCUUUUGGGCUUUGGGAUCUCUGGCUGGUGCUUUUGGAAGCAACAAAGACGAUGUUCAGCCCCAGCUUUCAGUUCCAGUCAAGCUGAGACAUCAGUUGACACACCAAGGUAUGAGAAGCUGGACACUCUCCCUAGGACUGCCAGGCAUGCCUCUGACAGCAGCUCUGACAGCAAUGGGACGACUGAGGAGGAUGAGGAGAGGACAGGGAUGCACCAGCCCGUCAAUGGAAGAGACCGGAUGUGUGACUCGGUCACUAAGGAAGAAGCUGGACUUGACUUGGACUCUGAGGGCCAAGCAGAGUAUGAUCUCGUCACUCCAGAUGACAUGGCACCAGCGCUUGUCGUUGAAGGGGAAACAGUGUACACGCACGUAUUCCUUAAUUUGCAGGGAAAGACUCCAGUUCCUCAGAAGAAAGAGGAUUCAGCCACACUCUACUGCUCUAUACAGAAACCUCAGAUGGUUGUGCCACCACUGCAACAGAAUGACCUUAAGUCUCCUGAAAUACCUACCUAUGAAAAUGUCCCCUGA